AUGGCCGACCAAAAAAAUCGCACAUGGAUUCCUGAGGACUCGAAAGCCCUGAGGUAUUCUAACUGCACUUCCCCGAGCGCCUGGCUCGUUGAAUUUAUCGGCAGCAUGGAUUUGUUAUCACUUAGGACCGUGGACGCUAUUUUCGAAGGCUACGAUUACUAUUGGCGAGAGAACAACAUUACAAAACCAAAAAUCGACGAGGUUCUCAAUUGGGUUCUCAACGUGGACGAAUGCGACGGCCAGAGUAUGUGUGGCAGCCACCCGGUCUCUCAAAUCAUAGAUUAUGCAUUCGAUCAUUGCCAAGCCGAUGUCUGUCGGGGAUUACCUUGGCAAGGUAACGCUGACCAAGCUGGGAGAGGAAUGAUCUUCGCCUAUGGCUCCCAAGCCGUACUUGUAACGAUUUAUCUUAUCAUCUUGUUCAUAUCACGGAUUAGCAAACUCGACUCGACAACUGACGCUCGAUCCACCACCAAAACAGGUCAAACGCGGACGCUGUUAAGAAGAAUCCAUGAUUCUGCUCGCGAGACACUGCGCACAUUUCUCGAUGCGUCUCUAUUGUUCAGUAUUGCGAUGAUUAUCGCCGCCAUUGUGACCGCAAACAUCGCUUUGGCAUCCGUUCGCAAAUUGGAGACCGAGCACCUCUCAACUGGGAUCAUUACAAGAGAGCUCCCUCUCAACAGUACAGUCCAAUUGUCCGCCUUUGCGGCAUUGCUCAGCAUCUUCCCGGCGAUAGCUCUGCAUUCGUCAGCAUCAAGUCUUCUUCGACGCAAAGUCUACCGCCAAAGUGUUUGGAUACUGGUAGGCGUAUUAGUUGUCCUGAUGUUUGUUCUCAGUAGAAUGGCAGGAAGUGAGAUUUUCACCUUCCACGAUAAAAAUGACGAAGAUAUGACCUUUAACGGAAAGGCUUUGUUUGAAAAUCUCUGCAUCGACAAUCAGGUGCCGUCGCAUCUUAGGCUAAUUGUCUUGGUUUUCUUCAUCUCCCUGAGUGCCUUCGGAAGUAUUUACAUAUUAUCCAUGAUUCCUUGGAUCCAAAAACAUCUGGAGAAGAUUCAAGAUGCUUUGAGUUCCAUGAUGGCUUUGUUCGCGACCAUAGCCAUGUGGAUAGCAUUUGGCGCAUUUUACUAUUACCGAAAGCAGGUGGAGAAAAACGCCGGCGAGACAAACGAGAACCAUAAAUGGACAUUUGGUCAGGUCAUCGGAUUGUGUACCUUCGCACCGAUCGUCGUCGAAUUCCUCUUCGUCCUUGUUGAAAGACCCGAAAAGGCAUUAACAGGUACGAUGUCCAAGAGAUUCCAGGUUAAUUCUGUCAAACACUCGAUCGAAGAAGAGCAGACAUAUACAGAGAUAGGAUUCUCGGAUGAAGUCCCACUUCGGGUGGUAGAACGGGCCAAGUGA